UACCGCAAUAUGAGCUUAGCGCAAGUUGACAGCGCGCAUAGGUAGCCGAGAACCAGCUUAACAACAUGGCGCUGUUCAGAGUAACGUCUCGUGUGGGAAAUUCGUUGAAGUCUGUGUUUGAUGCCACCCCAGUUGCACUUUAUCAUAAGAAUGUGAUUGACCACUAUGAGAAUCCGAGAAAUGUCGGGUCUUUGGAUAAGGCUGACAAGAAGGUUGGAACAGGCCUAGUUGGAGCCCCAGCAUGCGGUGAUGUAAUGAAACUGCAGAUCAAGGUUGAUGAUGAUGGCAAGAUUGUUGAGGCUAAGUUUAAGACUUUCGGAUGUGGAUCAGCGAUAGCUUCCAGCUCUCUUGCUACAGAGUGGAUCAAAGGGAAAACUUUGGAUCAAGCUUUGAAAAUCAGGAACACAGACAUUGCUAAGGAACUGUCUCUUCCACCAGUCAAGCUGCACUGCUCUAUGUUGGCGGAAGAUGCUAUCAAGGCUGCCUUAAAUGACUACAAGGUGAAGAACUCCCCUGAUGGGGAGAAGGCAGCUGCUACCAACUGAGCUCCACACCAAUCCAGUUGUUGUCAUGUGUGUCAUAAAUGAGUGCCCUUGAAACAUUGUUUGGGCUGAAGUUUAGCCUCUUUUUGAUGUCAACUUUACACAGAGAAUAAUAUUCUUCCUUGUUUAAUUGCAGAGAAUUCUUCCUUGUUUAAUUGUAGAGUCUCUGAAAAGAUUGUAUGGUGACCAGUAAAUACUUGAGAGCUUGGGAAGUCUUAAGUUGUUUUGUAUGUUAUAAGAAUCCUGCUUCAAACCUUUGUCAAAUUAGAAUUGAUUAUUGAUAUUGAAAAAAAAAACAAUUAAAAAAAUCUGAAAAAUGAAAUCUCAUGUAUAUAGUCUAUUUACUUUUGAACAUGUAGUGUAUUAUAUGAACACAAUCAUACAUGAUGUAGAUUUCAAUCAUUUACUUCUGAUUUUUCUGAUACUCUUUUUGAAUCGUGUACUAUUUUAGGAAGAGACUUACAAAGAAUGUACCAAGAAUGUAUUACAUAUUACUUUCCUUUCUACUGUAUGGCAUCAUGAAUUAAAUAUAUAUAUUAUACCGAAUGAAUGCCCUACUCUGGUGCAGGGGUAAACAGUUAUUCCUCUGAGAGUCAUGCUGAGUCUCCUGGCCAGAUGUAGGGAAGGAAGAUUGUGGGUGAUCUCUGUACUGUCAGCGCACAAAUAAGUUAAUAACUCACUUGUACAAAGAUUGUUUGCAUGAUACGGACAGCUUUCCCUGUAAACAGACUGGAGCUUGGGGAGCUGGAUGAAGGAUGUGUGACUGUGAGAGAGACUGUAAUUUUUCAGGAUGCUUUUUUCUGUUCGGUUUUGUUGUGGUUUCUAAGUCGAGACAGUUGUCUGACUUUUGUAAAUUAUGAAUUAGAUUAUUAUUACUCUCUUACAUUUAAGUGUAAGACCAUGUGAAAGACUUGAAGUUUUUGUGAGCAUUUUAAUUUUAGUAUAUAUAUUGCAAAUAAAGUAUAUCAAAUAGUU